AUGGGUGAGAUCGAAGGUGUCCCCAUGCUACAGGACAUAUGUAAGGAGUGGGAUGCGAUCCACAGUUUCCAGGCUCGAGAUGGUGACAUAGUGGUGGCCUCGUACCCCAAAUCAGGUACCACCUGGAUGCAGGAGAUCAUGGACUUAAUCCUUCAGGACGGGGACACGGAGAAGAGCCUGCGAGCGCCAUGUUUCGUGAAAGUACCAUUUCUGGAGAUGGCGAAGACAUUGUUUUAUUCAGCUUUAGAGUUUGCGAACACCAUGCCGCCUCCUCGUCUGCUUAAAAUACAUUUGCCGGUCCAUCUCGUGCCGCCAUCUUUUUGGGAGAAGAAUACAAAGAUUGUCUACGUGGCUAGGAAUCCCAAGGACUGCAUGGUCUCCUAUUAUUACUUCCACAAAAUGGACCAAACAAUGCCGGACCCCGGGCCCUGGGAACAUUUCUUUGGUUUGUUCCUGUCUGGAAAAGUGUCCUGGGGAAGCUGGUUUGACCACGUCAUUGGAUGGUGGAAAGCCAAAGACAGACAUCAGAUCCUGUAUAUCUUCUAUGAAGACAUGAUAGAGGAUCCACAAAGGGAGAUCCGAAAAGUCAUGACUUUUUUGGAGAAGAAUCUUCCUGAUGAGGUUCUGCAGAAAAUUGUGCAACGCACCUCAUUCAAGUCAAUGAAGAAGAACCCCAUGGUGAAUUUCACUGUCCUCCCUACUUCAGUGUUUGACCAGACUGUUUCAUCCUUCAUGAGGAAAGGUCAGGUCAGCGACUGGAAGAACCAUUUCUUGGUGUCCCAGAACAUUCUGUUCGAUGAGGAAUAUAAGAAAAGAAUGGCGUGCAGCGGGCUGAGAUUCCGCAUGGAUCUGUGA